CUUUGGCGUUCUCGCGAUCGACAGUCAAGCGCGGCGGGCCGUCGAUGGUGCGCGUACGCGAGUUUGCAUGCGAUACGAUGUACGCCUGUGCGUCCGCGUUCCGCGCGACGCAGGAAUCCGAGGACGUCGGGGUUGCGUAGCGCGCGAUCGCGCGUGGGUGCGUGGGUGCGCGCGUACAUCCGGGCCGCGCGCGAAGGACUGCGCUUCACGGAUGAUCUCGCACCACGAGCAUGGAGUCUCUUCGAGGUAUACUUUCCGAGUACCGUUAUGGAUCUUCAUGAGCGUCGACCGUGGGUCGCGAGAGAAUCAUGAUUGUGUCCUAGAUCUGUAAUUCAAGGUAAAGAGGGAGAAAGAAGAAGAAAGGACAAUUAGGAAAAGAAAGGGCGCCAAACUGGUUGGCAAAUUCGAUUAAAUCCGCGCAUCGAUCCGGCACUGCUUCAAUCGAGUGUUCCUGGAGGUGACCGUAAACAGCAUGACAUUGAUAGUGACAGCUAUCGUCGCUGUAUCCGUGUUGGCUAACGUCUUGCUGGCCGACCUCGAUCCUCGGGGUACCAAAUGCGGCGAGAGGCUCUGCAACAUCUCGGAGUAUUGCAGUCCCUUCGAUCAGCACUGUAGACCCUGUGCGAUCGCGUGCAACGUCACGAGCCACAAUUAUCAGCCAGAGCCGUGCAUGAGCGAUUGUCAAUUUUAUCUUCACGAUCAGCGCUAUGCCCAACGCAUGGAUCAAUCAAGACAGUACGAUGAUCUCAGAGAGGAGGUCGAGAACCUUAAAUAUAGAUUCGUAAUCACAACGACGUUGACCUGUCUUUCACUGUUUGGGAUGCUGUACCUACUGGGAAGAACCAUAAUACGAUGGAAAAAGAUUCAGCAUACUUUGCAAACCAUAUUUAGAAGGAAUAUUAAAGUAAAGCAGGCCAAUAAGAACAAAGUGCAAGACGACGUCGAGGCCGGUGUGAAUAAGCAAAACGGUCUCAAGUUGACUAUACCGAAUAUAAGUGCCACGGUGGAGCAAGAAUCCAAGAUCGAGAAUAAUAACAGUAAUAGUAAUAGCAAUAGUAAUAGUAACGGGAUUAAUAGCACGCCAAACACCACGAGCACUCCUCUCUCGCGACGGCACGCUAGCGAGGAUACCACUCUCGACUAUGCUUACGACAAUCCGGCGAUGACACCGAGCCCAGACGCCGCGCAGCUUAAGACAAAGGCUCGCGAGAGUUCGUUUUAAGAAUUUACGAUAAUGAAUAUUUUACGAUAAGAUAUGAGCAGGAGCUACUUUUGACUAGAAGUCUCUUCGGGUACUUAAAUUUAAAAGGGACUAACUCUGCGAGGUAAAUGUUUUUUCUUGUUCUAAAAAUGCGUUUUAAAAUGUCACCACGAAAUAAGUGGAAGUAUCGCCUUUGUGGCGAUAAUUGUUUUUAUGAAAAGAAGAAAAGACAAAUAUAUUUAACGAAAGAUGAAAAAGGUUGAGGAAAAGAUUGCCGUGCCGGAAUCUCAAACAAUUCUGUCUUAAGUGAACAGGAAAAUGCAUAGAGGAUGUGGCGAAACGUAUAUGCGUGAAAUGUGACGUGGCUAUUCUGUCUUGUUCUACGAACAUAUGUUCUAUAAGAUUUUUCAUCGCGACCGAUUUUUCAGGCUACAUUGUUACUACGUUGUUAAUGCAUAUUGGAACAUACGUAGCAAUGAGCGAUGAAACGAAGAGAUCGCUCGAUAUACCGCCACUUGGUCUUUCUCGAAUGCUCGCGCGAUUUUUAACGUAUGUUAAAGAGUUUUCAAGAGUGAUAUUCAUAGUCGAAAGUUCCAUGAAUGACCACAGUCUCACAGAGACUAAUCAUGUUUCUGCAUAAUUAUUUUACUUCCCGAUAAUCCCUGAAUCAUUACACGUCUCUCGUCAUGAAACAAGUGAUUUGUGACAUUUUCACUCACUUGGUGAAAUAAUACACGCUCAUGUCCGACUAUGAAUUAAUUGCAUUUUGAAGAAAUAAUAUUUGGAAAAUAACGUGACUACGUUGCUCCUACAUCGAGAUAGUAUUAAUGUCGCCCUAGUAGGUUACUUAUACAGCUGUAGUAUAGUACUGUAAGUUUUUGGAGUGACUCGUGAAUGCGUAUCACGCCUCCGCGAACCGUGCGGCUGUGUGACUUAAUUAAAUAAUUAUUGACGCGAUAUACUCGCGGGACUUAGACGCGCGUGGUGUAAUUGUCAACUUCAUCCAUUCGGUCUUAAACUACUGGCGAGACAUCUCGCUUCCAUGAAAUUACUAUAAUAAUUCCAACAUUUGUACUAACUCUUUCGUCUGUUGGAGAAUAGGCUGUAAGUGCCCUUAAAAAGUUACGCUUUUGCUUCAAAUGAGCUAAAAUCUUUGACAGUUAUUUCAUUGCUAAAGAUUCUGUGCAUCAUUAACUCAUGUACAAAAAUUAAUGCUACAUUUACAGAGUAAAUUAAUUUAUCAAUUAAUUAACCAAUUUAAUAUUUUCUAGUUAUUAAAUCUCUUGUUUAGGAACAAGAUACUCUUGUAAAUUUUUCUUUAGGAUUUACUGCUUUUUAUGUCUUUUUAGCUUGGCAUUGAAAUGUUUAGUAUGAUCUCAAAAGAUAUUUACAAAAACUUUGCAUGCGUGUUUACGAUUACUUUUUAGUAUUUUGCAAUCACUAAAAUAACAUAAAUAAAUUGCCUAAAUUAAAGAUCAGUGCGUAAAUUUCCGUUGUAAAUUAUGCACACCGCGUGUCCAUAUAAAAUUUUAGUAAUAAAUAUAUAAUAAGUAACUUAAGAUAUCGCAUCCUUAUCAGCCAUUCCGUCCAUGAAAGGCCUUUCGAGCAACGUGCGCGUGUAAGACGGCGCACUUUGCAUAGGUCAGUAACGUUGCAUGCGAGAACGAAGGGAAAUCGAUAACAAUUUUAUCGCGAACCGUAGCGAGUCAUGGCAUAAUGUAUUACAUUGCGAAAUUUCGCAGCAUUGUAAAUUCAAAUGCUAUAUUAACAGGAUUGUGUGUCUGUAAUUUAACAGCCAUUAAUCUUGAUAAAAAUUUAAAAAAUGUCCAAUAAAAUUGAUCGAUUUUUAAGUUCGUGAGAAUUAAAAGACUAUCAAAAGAUAUUACUCCUGGAAAUGGAUUUGCAUUAAAAUGCAAUUUGCUCAAAACAGAUGCGCUCAACAAUCGCUUGCUCCCCGAGGAAUAUUCUAUUUUUAUUGAUUGGGAGAAAGUGCUCGAUUGAUGCUCAAUUUUAACGAGUAAACGUGUAGAAAGUUGCUCAACUUUGUAAAUUGUUCAUCAGUGAUUGCUGACACUCUAAAUAAAUUCCUCUUCAUUUAUAUUUUAUAUUAAAAUUUUUAUAUGAAUUGAUAAAGCAGUUACAAGUUUACUAUUUUUUUUAAGAGAUCUCUUUGAAAAAAUAAUCAAGUAAUACUUCAAAUUUAAAACUUCAAAUACUCAUCGAUCAAAGAAGUGAGUUUACAUUUACAUAAUUGAUAUAAAAUGCUUCGUCCUGCAGCAACCGCUCUGACCUUAGAUUUAAUCAUUUAUAUACGACUCAUCAUUCUUAGCGAUUAGUGAAAUAGUAAUAGCUACACACUACAGCGCACUUUUCAUUUCAUUACAUGAUCUACCCUUCGAGGGUGGAUCAACAUCUUCCAGAAACGAAGAUAUUACUUUGCCCAGAGGCAGCUAGUAGGAUUAAAUUCUCGACUCUAACUGUAUAUAUAUAUAGUCUACUCUUAUUUAACAGACCCUGUUUGCUGAUAUGUUCAAAUAAAACGACGUAAAGAAAUUUUUGCAAAUAUAAACGAAUUCGAAAAUCGAAAAAUCAGACGACUUGAGACUUUACAAGUAAGAUUUUAAAACAUUCCUUCUAGCGUACUUAAGGAACUUGUACAUAAUUUUACUAAUUUUAUGUUUUAUAAAUUAUUUUAGUAGUCGAUUUUAUUCUUUUAUUAAGAGAGGUUUAGUAUUGUAAGUCAUAUUUUCGUGACAUUACUUAGGCAGCCGAUUUUGUGAUCAAGUCUUUUAUCUUCUGUCUUUUAAUCUUCUCUUAAUUUCAGAAAAUAUGUCAAAUAUAGCCCAUUGUCUUAAUUUUAACAUACCAGGUAACUUUUCACGCGUGAUAAUAACAUAGAAUAUAUUACGAUGUUACUUUUAGAUGAAUGUGUUGAUGUAUGCGAAUUAUUCUGAAUCUGUUAGUGUCUUCCAUAUUGAUUAUAUUAUCGCGCGAGUACUUAAUCUUACAUUGUUAUAUAAAUAUCUAUGUGACUUAAAGCGUGCCUUUUUCAACGCAGUCCACCAUGAAUGCAAUU